GGGACAAUUCUACAGGCUCAGCUCAUCUAAAGGCACAGCAGAAACCGAAUUUUAUAAAGUACACCGAGAAGCUCCUUUUUAGAAAACAGUUCUGAGAAUAUCUGAGAGAUUUUCCUUCUGCCUUUAAUUGUGUUUGCCGUUUCUUCGAAAAAUCAUGUGCACGGGAGGCUGUGCUAAGUGCCUGGGAACCACUCUCAUUCCCCUGGCUGUGCUGUGUACCCUCGCUAACAUUUUAUUGUUUUUCCCGGGAGGAACAGUGGUUGAAGACCAUCUACACAUUACAGAUGAGGUUUGGUACUUCGGAGGGAUCGUGGGAUCUGGUGUAUUGAUGAUCUUUCCUGCCUUGGUAUUUUUGGGCCUUAAGAAUAAUGAUUGCUGUGGAUGCUGCGGUAACAAGAGCUGUGGAAAGAGGUUUGCGAUGUUUUCUUCUAUAAUAUUUGCUGCAGUUGGAGUUCUGGGAGCUGGAUACUGCUUUGUUUUGUCAGCAGUAGCCCUAAACAGAGGCCCUAAAUGUCACACUGGAACAGAGUGGACCUAUCCUUUCCACGACGGGAACUACCUCGGUAACCACACACUGUGGAGCACGUGUCAGUCACCCAAAAACAUCAUCCCGUGGAACCUGACCCUCUUCUCCUUGCUGCUCAUCAUGAGCGGGAUCCAGGCAGUGCUCUGUGGCAUUCAGGUGGUGAAUGGCCUGUUUGGAACAAUCUGCGGGGACUGCAACUGCUGCGGCUGUUGUGGGGGAGAUGGAACUGUCUAA